UGCAGAGCUAUAUAAACCCCCCAGAGAACCAAAAAUGAGUGGAAGAUACAAACAUGAUGAAGUUUGUGGUACUGGCUUUUCUGGCCGUCGGAGCUUAUGGGUGUGGAAACCCCACCUUUCCCCCCAUUGUAAAGAGGGUUGUGGGGGGUGAGGAUGCGCGUCCUCACAGCUGGCCCUGGCAGAUCUCACUCCAGUACACCAGGAGUGGCAGCUGGUAUCACACUUGUGGAGGCACCCUCAUCUCCCCCCAGUGGGUUCUGACCGCCGCUCACUGUAUCAGCAGCAGCAACACUUACAGAGUUGAGCUCGGCAAACACAACCUGAAGGAGGUGGAGAACGGUUCUGAGGCUAUCUCAGCUGGAAAGAUCGUUGUUCAUGAGAAGUGGAGCUCCCUCUUCAUCCGCAAUGACAUUGCCCUGGUGAAGUUGGCUAACCCUGUGACUGUCAGCGACACCAUCAUGCCAGCCUGUCUUCCCGAGGAAGGCUACACCCUGCCCCACGAUUACCCCUGCUACGUCACCGGAUGGGGACGCACUAUAACUGGAGGUGCUCUCCCUGAUAUCCUGCAGCAGGCUCUGCUCCCCGUGGUGGACCAUGCUACCUGCACCAAGUUUGACUGGUGGGGCAGCCAGGUUAAGGAGACCAUGGUCUGCGCUGGAGGAGACGGCAUUGUUUCUGGCUGCAAUGGAGAUUCUGGUGGACCCCUGAACUGCCAGAAUGCUGAUGGUGUCUGGGAGGUCCAAGGUAUUGUGAGCUUCGGUUCUGGCCUGAGCUGCAACUACCCCAAGAAGCCCACCGUCUUCACCAGAGUCACCUCCUACAUCAGCUGGAUCAGCACUACCAUGGCUGCAAACUAAGGACAUUCAGACGUGGACGUAACAUCUUCGGCCUACUCUAUAAACAAUAAAACAAUAUAUAAAAACA